AUGGUGAAGCACAACAACGUUAUCCCUAGCUCCCACUUCAGGAAACAUUGGCAGAACUAUGUCAAGACCUGGUUUAACCAACCUGCCAGGAAGACCAGGAGAAGAACUGCUCGCCAAAAGAAGGCUGUGAAAAUCUUCCCUCGCCCUACUGCCGGACCUCUCCGUCCAAUCGUUCAUGGACAGACUUUGAAGUAUAACAUGAAAAUUAGGGCUGGUAGGGGCUUUACUUUGGAAGAGUUGAAGUCUGCUGGGAUACCAAAGAAACUUGCACCAACCAUUGGGAUUGCAGUUGAUCAUCGUAGGAAGAAUCGUUCUCUUGAGGGUCUUCAGGCUAAUGUGCAACGACUGAAGACAUACAAGGCCAAAUUAGUUGUCUUCCCAAGACGUGCUGGCAAAUUCAAGGCUGGUGAUUCUGCCCCAGAGGAACUUGCUAAUGCCACCCAGCUCCAAGGUUCCUACCUUCCAAUUGCACGGGAGAAGCCUUCCGUUGAGCUUGUGAAGGUUACUGAUGACUUGAAAUCAUUCAAGGCAUAUGACAAACUCCGUGUGGAAAGGAUGAACCAACGUCAUGUAGGUGCCAGGCUUAAGAAGGCAGCAGAGGCUGAGAAGGAAGAGAAGAAAUAG